CGGGCGUCUUCGCGAGAUAUCUUGCUUCUUAUUUAAAUGUGAGCACAUGUGUGUGUGUGUGUGUGUGUGUGUGUGUCGCUUGAAACAAUUAUAUGGUUACGAGCUUGUGAUUCCCGCGUCUCUACAAGAUGACGGACGUUUCAAGAUUAAAAAAGAACGCGACUUCCCGGUAGCCGAGAAUCUAGAAGCAGGACGAAGUGGCCGCUCGAAUAUUUCAAGCAGAUGAAACAUCCCCGAAGCAUCGCCCUGCUAGAAUAUCGCGCGCGAUCUCGAGCGACGAGCCUAUAUAAACUGAGCGACAGUCGACGAGAUUCAUUCCACCCCAAUCAGAACGCACUGUAAGUGAGUAGCUGCCUGCUCUAAUUCGGUGAACACUCUUCUGGCAAUUUCCUUGACGUCCGUACAUCUUGCGGAAUACCAAUCAACGAUGGCGAAAUUCCUGGCACUUCUUUUCGUCGCGCUUUUUGUGGUGACUUUAGUCGAAGCUUGCUCUCCGCCCGGCGCUUUGUGCAACACGAACGGCGAUUGCUGCUACAAUGGGUGGUGCCACCCAAUGGCCAAACGUUGCAUAAUAAGAGGAGGACCUUAUGGAGCUCAGGGCAAUAAUAACGGUAACGGAGAACAACCAUGGAGAUGGCAGUGGCGAGCUGCUAUUCCGCCUAACAACAAUGACGACUAUGUCUAAUGCAACUGGCCCGCCUUCCAGCCUUAAAUCUUCUAGAAAUCUGGAUUUUCUCGCAUGGACUUGCAACGAUUCAGGCUUGCAUUUUACCGUAAAACAAAAGAUUUAUCCCAUGUAA